GCAGGAUUGGGCAAAGAGGCUCCUCUCCAACAACUGGCUCCUUUUCCUGUGAUAAAGACAGAGUUCAAACAUAAAAACAAUAGAUGUUCCAGUCUCUUCCUUGCGCAAGGGCUGUGUUGAUUUCGAGUUCAUUAAUAAGUAAUCUUGCUCCCAGCAAUACCCUCACACUGACUCGAAAGUUGUCUCCAGACCAAGGUUGCUGAAUACAUCUCGCUUAAGUCUUACAAUUGCUCAAGAUAGAACCAGAAAGGCUUCACCACAGAAAAGAUUAUCUGAAUGACAGAUUGGUGUCUCAGUGAAGUCACGCCUGAGUAAUCACAUAUUUUUCUACAAGCAGAAGAAAUGAGGCCUGAUAGCACUUCUCAAAUAAUGAGACUCCUAGGGCAGACACGCAUUCCUUCAUUUGAAAAUAUCAGUAAUCUCUCCAUGAACAGUGACUGCACCCAGGUUGUAGUACCAGAAGAAGUCUUUUUCACAAUUGCCAUUGCUGGAAUACUGGAGAACCUACUUGUCCUUAUAGCUGUGAUCAAGAAUAAGAAUCUCCACUUGCCCAUGUACUUGUUUAUCUGUAGUUUAUCAGUUUCAGAUAUGUUGGUCAGUCUGUACAAAACUUUGGAGAACACCUUGAUCAUCUUAUGCAAAAUGGGGUAUCUGACACCUCGAGGAGACUUGGAGACCAAGAUAGAUGAUGUCAUGGAUUCUUUAUUUGUUCUGUCUUUGCUGGGAUCAGUUUUCAGCUUGUUAGCCAUUGCAGCUGACCGAUACAUAACUAUAUUUUUUGCAUUACAGUAUCAUAACAUCAUGACACUGAAUCGUGCUUUAAUCAUCCUGGCAGUAAUUUGGGCAUUCUGUGCGGGGAGUGGCAUUGCUAUGACCAUCUUCUCCCAUGAAACAGCUACGGUCAUUUCCUUCACUAUUCUGUUUCCUUUUAUGUUAAUUUUUAUAUUAUGCCUCUAUAUCCACAUGUUCCUGCUUGCACGAUCUCAUGCCAAAAAGAUCGCUUCACUGCCUACCAGUGCAGGUCCCCAGAGAGUUAACUUGAAAGGAGCUAUUACAUUAACUAUUUUCUUUGGUGUUUUCCUUUGCUGUUGGGGACCCUUUCUUCUUCACAUCCUCCUCAUGAAAUUUUGCCCACUUAACCCUUACUGUGCUUGCUACAUGUCCAUUUUCCAUGUGAAUGCUACACUCAUCUUGUGCAAUGGCAUCAUUGACCCUAUGAUUUAUGCAUUCCGAAGUCCAGAAUUACGGAGUACAUUGAAGAAAAUGUUCUAUUGUACCAGAAAGAACUCAGCAAGGCCCCAAAUCUUGGCUAACUCUGGUGCCAGUAGUUGGAUAAAGUCUCUAUGGAGGGAAAUUGUGAGCUGAUAUUUCGGUUGAAGUAAACUGGAACAAAUGAGAGGUGCUCAUAGAAAUCAAAGAUGACCAAAUGGAAUUAAAAGCAGGACCAAAAACAAGAAUUAAACAAAAGCUAGAGAUUUCACAAAAGGAAUUAAAGAAAUAUCUGGAGGUUUCCUGGGAGUGACUGAGAGUUUACCUGCAGUCAGAGAUAAAAUUAUUGUUGUGGCAGCAGCCAAAAAGCAUCUAGGCAAAUUUGGAAGCCCAACCACAAAACUCUCUGUCUGGAUUAGUUAGAUGACCAGCAACCUUGGUCUAACUACCUUGGACCAGGAAAUAAUGGUGAGCAAGAAAGCUUUGGCCAACUUGGAACUUGCUAACAAUGAUGAGCUGCAGCAAGAACUUAAGGAGCUAAAAAAUAAUCUGGAGCAGGAAUUCAAAGAAUCACAGACCAUAGUGGGAGUAGGGAAGUGAUUCCCGAUCCAUUCUUCCUGAGUGGGGAAUCGGACCAGCCAUAAAACCUGUGUAAGACUGGACAUUUACAGUAUCUAACCUGUUUAUAACCCACGCAGGCCCAGAUAGAAUAGGUGGGAUUCCUCUUAUAAAUAGUAGGCUUUUGUAUUAUUUCAGAAAGGGAAAAGUUCCCUAAAAGAGGCUUAUUUGGCUCAGUUCAUCAUCAUAGCCUAAAUGAAUGCUGGGAAGAUGGACAAAAGGCAGGGUUCCAGGCAGAAGGUGGCCCAGCACUGAUGGUACUGCAGAACUUACCCCUAGAAAAGAGAUUACUUGAUCCAGAUCUGGUACAAGCUCUUGAUAUGCAGUUCAGAGGUAGCUAUCAAUCUGAGAUGGCCAGGACACAGCUAAGAGCUAGAAGGAGAAGGAAAGAAGAGACCCUAUCUGAACUGGCAGAGGAACUCAGGGAACCUGUACUCCUGUCAUAUCUGCAAAAAUCAGUGAUGAGCUAAUUAAUAGAUGCAUACUUGGCCUGGGACUUGAAGAUCAAGAUCAGAGAAAGGAGGCCAAAGACCCUUGGACUGUGAGAUUUGCCUCAGAACUUGAACCUUUCCUUACAGCAGUCCAACAGAAGAAGCAGCAGCCACCAGUGAGAUCCACCAGGAGCCUUGUGGGUACAGAUUUAUAUCUACUAUGUAUGAUCAAAAAGGGAAUCCUAAUGUGGUUCAUGACAUUCUUGAACAGUUGGAAGAAUUGUUAAAUUUGGUUUGUAAAACAAGGGAAAUUGGCAAUAAUAUAAAACUUAAGGGAAGCAGUUUAGUUAAAUGCUGGUACAUAAAUAAAUUGGCUAUAAAACCUUGGCUCUCACCCAUAGUUCUGAUGAAGGAAAAAAAAAAGAUAGAUAAGAAUCCUUUAAAAUGAUUUCAUUUUCUAUAGUCCAGAUAGCAGUAUCAGAUUCUAUUACCAUGAAUAGAUGAUACCCUAGAUGCUGUAACAGGUUCGGUCUGGUUUUCCAUACUGUAUAUUAAAAGUGGGUAUUGGCAAGUGAAAGCAGAGGCAAAAGACAGGGGAAAACUGCUUUCAUAGAGGACAAGGCCUGUGACAAUCUAAAGGAAUGGCUUGUGUAAUGUGCUGGCCACGUUUGAGAGGUUAUGGAGCGGAUACUGCAUGGAAUGCCUCUCAGCCUGAUUGCUAUGAUAUCUUAGUGCAUGCUAAAACCUUUGAACUUUUGAUACAUCUACCAGUGGUCUGAAGCUGAACCCAAAGAAAUCUGAGUUGUUCCAAAGAGAGGUAAUCAACCUCAGGCAAACACUCAUUGGAGGGAAUUUCCAUUGACAAAAUGAAAGUGGAGGCUGUGCAGAACUAGCUACUUCCCCGGACACUCUCAGAUAUGCAGAGUUUUGUAAAAUAGGUUUAUUUGGGGGGUUGCCAAUCUUGUGGAACCAUUGCAUAGGUUGAGCAAGAAAGGGAAACCAUUUCAGUGGCCAAGUAUGAUUUAGUGGUUUUAGAUUUGAAAAGAGCUCUUUUUACUGCUCCUGUCUUAGCAUACCCAUGGUCACUGCUGCUAGUGCUUAUGCAUUGGGGCAAUAUUGACAUAUAUCUUCUCAGAUGAUCCAUUAGAGAGCUAGCAUCUCAGCUUGGUUGCCCACAAAAACUGACAAUGUGGCUUUGGAAGCUGAGGAAAAGUUGUGACUACAGCAAAUUCCACAUUAGAAGAGAAUGGACGAAGUCUGUCCCAAGGAUCAGAUUCCACAGAAACAAUACAGGCUCAUCAGGAGCCCACUGAAAGUGGCUCCUCCUGCUUGUCUGUAUAGUAUCUUACUCAUGAGCUUACAAGUAUCAGGAUAAAGCCUUUAUCGUGAACAGGAACUAUGUACAGAAAUGAGCUAACUUCCCACUGCUCUGUGUAGCUGCAGCCUGAGAUUGCCCUAUCUCAUAGACUUUAUUCCCAAGAGCUGCGGGGGGCCAUGCCUGCGGACGGUCAAUGUCAGCAAAAUGUCUCAUGACCCACAAUCAGAUUACCCUGAUGCUUUAAGGCCAGAAGGGACCAUCUUAAUCAUCUAGUCUUGACCUCUCCUGGACUUCUUUAUUUCUGCCCCAGUGGAAAAUGUGUCAUUUGGGAAACCAAAGACUACAUGAAGCAUAUGCAGGAAGUACGGCAUUGCUACACUUCUUGGAGGACUUACCCUAUAGCACAGAUGGAAAGGCAGUGGGGUAGAGAGAGAAAAGCUCCACAGAGAUUUGGAUGGGAGUCAAAUUGAUUUGUGUUGGUGAUUUGAAAAGGUCCAGACCGGGGGAUUGUUGGGGGUGUGUGGGCAUUAGCAUGGUACUGAUGAGAAAGGUGGCGGUCUAGUUCCAGACCUCCUCUCUACCCACAUAUCAAUUUUUCUCUGAUUAAUUUCCUAGCAAACUGGCAAUAAGUUUCUGUCAUAGAAGUUUCAAUUAAUCCCGUGGAUACGCUUCAAACUGUUGAAUAUGGAUUCCAAUGAAAAAAUGAGAGGCAACAAAAGACCUAAGACUGAAUCACCCAAGCAGUUGAAGGGGGAGGACCACAAGGCCUCUGCAGAACCUAGCACAGGAUAUUGUGGCACUGAAAGAGUUCCUCACAGACUGACUGAAGUCAAUCUCAAAAGACAUUUGUGGCCUCUCUAAAAAUAUAUGUGAUGUAAAAUCCCAAAUGGGUCACUUGGAAAAUAAGCUACAAAAGAAUGCCAUUGAAACCAGUGAAAUUAAAGAAGAAACUGCCUUCUUAAAGCUGAGACUAGACAAACUGGAAGAAAAAUGGGAUGACUUAGAAAACAGAUCUCAAAGAAAAACCCUUUUCUUCCUGGGCAUUGGUGAGGUCUAGAGGAGAAGGAUAUCAUUAGCUUUCUUCAGAAAUUGCUCCCUGACAUAUUUAAUUUGGACCUCCAGCAGCCCCCAUUUAAUAUUGAAAGGGCACAUCAAAUACCUUUUGCUAGAAGACUGGAGACUGACAAGCCCAGACCCAUUAUCUUCAAGCUGCUGAAGUUCAGUGUUUGAGUAAGGUUAAUGGAAGCUUCCAGAAAAUCUGAAACCAUUAUGUACAAGGCCACAAAGUUUCUCUUUCUUCUGACUUCUCAGCUAAGCUCAAAAAAAGAAGGCUGCAUUCAAUGACAUAAAGCAAAUCUUGAGGGAGACCAAUAUCAGAUACAGCAAGUACCCAACCACCUUCACUAUGGAUUUAGCAGGCUCGAAAGAUUUUGCAAAUCCUCCUCUAAAGCUUGGCAGACACUCCAAACACUAAGGUCUGGUCUACACUGGGCGGGGGGGGGAAUCGACCUAAAAUACACAACUUCAGCUACGAGAAUAGUAUAGUGGAAGUCAACAUACCUUAGUUCGACUUACCUCGCGUCCUCAUGGCGCAGGGUCUAUUGGCCCAGCUCCUCCGUCGACUUUGCUUCCGCCUCUUGCCAAGCUGGAGUUCAGCAGUUGACGGGAGAGCAAUCGGGGAUCAAUUUAUCAUGUCUACAUUACACUACACGCAAUAAAUCGGUCCCCGAUAGAUCAAUUGCUACCCGCCAAUCCGGCGGGUAGUGUAGAUGUACCCUAAGAGCAGGUUUGACCAAAAGUAGCAGAAUGGGUUUUUUAUCAUAAAAUGCAUACCUCAACAAGUUUAAAAAUGGGUUUGUUUUCCUGUAUAUCUUUGUAAAUAUGGUAAUAUUCACUUUUAUAAUCUUCCAACACCUAGCAGAUAACCAGCUAAGCUGAAUUCUUCUCUUGAUUUCCUUUGGAACUGAGCAAUAACAUCAUGUGCAUAUCACUACAAUGCAUAGAUUUAACACUAAGCUGGAGGACAGAGCACCAUCUACUGAUUGAAGUAUUAUCUGCACAAAUGAACACAACUAGCACUGCUAGAUAGAAUCUCUUCACUAGCUCAGCCACCGGUGGAUUGUGUUAUGGUAACCACAAGUCCCUUGGAACAGUAAAUUCUCUUGACAUGUAAAGUAGACGGGCACCUAAAUCUUAAAUGGCACUAGUUAUUCAAUUUGUGCAGGGCAUUUGACAUACUAUGAAUAUGAAAUGUAUUUUCCAUAUUUAGAUUUUGUACUAAUUUAUAUUUUUUUGUCAAAUCAAUUGUAAAUUUACAUGUUCUGAGUCUGUGUGUAUAUGAUAUACAUAUGUGUAUGUAUGUAUACAUGAAAACUUCUGUAUGUAGGAAUAUAUUAUGUGUGUUCUUAGAAUACCCAAUGUUAUUUACAGAGUAAUAUUUGACUUAAAAUACAUUUCCGUUUAGAGAUGUUUAGACUAUUAUUAGAUAACAUAGGGAGGGGAGGAGCAGAUGGCAUUGAAGCAAUCAGAGAUCUGAAUGUGCCCACACUGGCUUGUUUUAAGUCUGUUAUUUUUGUUUUGUUUUCUCUUAUAAAUAUACUUUGGAAGAUGCAUGAUA